AUGGCGGCCGCAGCGGCUGCAGCUGCCGCACGAACACACGCUCACCUGCUGUCGACACUGUGCGGUACCGGAAGUGCCAUCGCCGUGCCCGGAACUCAAUCGGCCUCACCCGGCAAUGGCAACGCGCUGGACGCGAACACCGCCGAAGGAGCGCUCCUGCUGGCCGAGAACAACAAUAGCCUUAGUGUGAACAACGCCAACUAUCCUAGCGAAAGCGACCUGGAAUCGAAACCGAGUACCUUCCGCGAGACCUACCCCAUCUACGGUAAUUACGGUGGUCGCGCGAGUCCUUCACAUCUGCGUGUAAAAACGGAACGCCAGAAACCGACCGGUGGUGGCCUUGGCUCGCAUCACCACCCCCAUCCGCAUCUAUUUCCGGCCCAGUUCCUGCAUGCUUUCUCCGCGCAUCAUCACCAGCAGCAGCAGCAGGAGGAGCAACAGGCUGCGGCUCUGUUGAGUUCCGCAGCCCUCGGGAGCCAUCGUCGAGCCCAAUCACCUCCACUAGCGAUGAUGCUUGACCAACAACUGCAUGAACAGCUGCAGCAACUUUCGGCUGCAUCGGGGGUGCGUUCUCCAUCGGCAAUGUCUAAGCUGCUGCCAGCUCUGUCCGGUCCGCUGGCAGCAUCCAUUGCCUCCAUUGCAUCCAGCCUGCCGAAGAGCCAUCCGUUGAGUGAAUCCGCCACAUCAGCCUUUCAACGAUUGCUGCGACAACCGACAACGGCCGCUACUACUGCUGCUGGAACGGCUGCAGGUUCGGGGUUGUUUUCCGCGCGUUCGCGCAACAAUCGCCCGGGAAGUGGCACUAGCCCGGACCGGUACAGUGGGAAGCUGACGGAUUUGCGGCAGAGGGCUGGCCCUAACGGAAACUCCAAUGGGGGCGAGCAGCAAUCGGUUAAGCGCCAGCACGGAAGCACCAGUAGUAACCCUCGCCAUCAUCUCCACCUGGGAUCGCCUUCACCGGGGUUGCUAGGAUUGGGCAGUGAUCUACACCAUUCUCACCACAACCACCACCACCAUCAGUCGUCCUCCUCGUUGCCCUCGCUGAAGGGACUUAUAAAAAAUCGGAAGAUACACCGCUGUGAUGCGACCGGGUGUGAUAAGGUGUACACGAAAAGCUCCCACCUGAAAGCGCAUAAGCGAACGCACACCGGUGAAAAACCCUACAUCUGCACCUGGGAGGGUUGCGUUUGGCGAUUCGCCCGCUCUGAUGAGCUGACUCGGCACUACCGGAAGCACACCGGUCUCAAGCCGUUCCGCUGCAAGCUCUGCACACGUUCCUUCAGCCGCUCGGAUCACCUAUCGCUGCAUAUGAAGCGGCAUUAG